AUGGUUCAGACACGCAGGAGCUCUAGAAAGGUCACAAAGGAUAAGGGUGAACAAGAGAAUACAGCCCAUGACAAAGAAGCUCAUGAGCAGGAUAGGAAUGGGUCAUCUGCAGCGUCUGCGCAUCCCAGCACUCCUGAUGCUGGGGUUUCUGCCACUGGCAAUGACUCUACCGCAGCUAUGUCGAAGCAAGGAGCUCUUAAGAGCCCUCAGAAGAAGAUCAAGUGGAGAGGUGCGCCGAACGAUGAUGACUUGACUGCAUACCAUCCGGAGCAAGUUGACUGGAGCAUCGACAAUCUGCCAGAGAUCAUUUAUGUCUUGAGGCCCACGGCUAAGCACGCCAAGUCAAGGGCCGAAGUCACCAAGACGACAUAUGAGAUUUUCGGGCAGGUCGUGAACGACUUCCCAGUGCUACCCCGUCAGAUCUCUUCAAGAGUGGAAGGAUGGAGAUGCGAGGCCUGGUCUCGCAUGGAUCGUCGCAUCACGCCGGAAGAUAUCGUGGCGCGCGUCAAUCCUAAAUAUCAAGUGACUGCCUCUGAUAUCGAGAUGCGCCGAUACCGUUUCAGGCAGGGAUUCAAACUGGGUGCUUGGGGUUCUGGAUCAUCCAUCGCUGCUGCCGCACGUAUUCUCCAGAAACACGGAAUUGAUCCUAAGCUGAAUAGCACGAGGGGAUCAACUCCCGGCCUUAUCAGACCUGAGCUCGGAGAAGCGGGUGGACGUAUCCCGUUAGCCAAUCCUUUCCCCAACUAUGAUACAGUGAACCCCCGUCGUUCCAGACAGCGUUUCCCUCUGGGCUAUCUUCCUACCCCUAGCCCGGCGCCAAAUGAACCAAUUGCACCGCCUAUCAAGCCGAAAGAAGAGGACGAAACUGCUCAUAGUACGAAGGCAGAGAGCGAAAAGGAUGUGGUCUUCGAUUCGAAGAGCAGCGAAUCUACUCCGCCCUCCUUGACCAAAGAAAGCCUGUCCCCUGUCCAGGAGAUCUAUAACAACUUCCCAUCGUAUCCGGAUCCUGAGGAGUAUGAGCUUGCCCAUCAUCGUGGGCCUCCUGCACGUGCCUUCCAGAAAGAGACAGAGGAAAAGCACAUGACCAUGACCUUGGAGGAAUACUUGCAGCACAACAAUCUCACCUACGAACAAUACCUGGAACGGGAGAAUGAGCCUCGUGCUCGGAAGAGGCGUAGUCCGAUGCUGUCAAAUGGUGACGUUUGCAUGUCCCUUAGUAAACGUCUCCGCCACUCUAUUGAGGGGCCCCUGAAGAGCUCUGACUCCGAAAUGGACGAGACUGCGAGUGAGAUCCUUGGUAAAUUCAAAAGCGAUCCUUGAAUAGGAAAUGAAUAAUGGACGGUGGCUGGGUGAGCAAAGAUGUUGAACAAAGAAACAGGGUGUGGGUCGAGAUCUGAAUGGAGAGUGGCAAUGGCAGGUCAAUAACAAUAGGAUUUUAAUGUAGCAUGUUGCGAGUUUCUAGGUAGUCAAAAUUAACGCCGCUCACCACUUGAACGCAGGCCAUCUUUUCAUCCGUAGAGCAGGGUAUAUAGAAGAUAAAGUCUGUAUAUGCUCCAGAAUAUCGUCAAAAAUACUUCUAGAUUGUUCUUCGUAUAGUAUAUACCUAUAACCAAUUGUUAUGUACUUACCUAAGUCGUCGAGUCGAGGUUUUUGUAUCGU